AUGGUGUCACAUCAUUCAACUCAGUAUGCUCCUUCUGCCCCGCCGGCACCGCCUCGCGCCUCAUCCGURACAUCUGGACGUUCAGGCACGAGACGACACCGCCAUGCUAGGACACACUAUGGUGGUGCAAGUGCACAUCUACCGCAGAACGAGUUCCCGAUCUUUGCGCACACUGGAGAUGUUGAGAUAGUCUUGAGAACUGCCAACGGCAGGAAAGAGAAUCGUUAUCUUCUCCACCGGCUUAUACUGAGUCAGAACUCUGGAUUCUUUGCUGCUGGAACAAGAGCAGAAUGGGGUGGGAACACGAUAGAGGGUGGUAGUACAGGCUUGGGCGGAGGACUCUCACGAAUCAACGAGACCGAAAGUGUGACUGCUGGGAGUAGUUCGCGGACAAGCAGCCAGGAAAGAAGGCCGCAAUAUGACCGGCAGAGAUGGCACUACGAGUUGGAUUGGGAUGCCGUGGAAGAUGACGAAACGCCCAUGCUGGUACAACGUGAGAGUCGAGAUCCUGCAUCGAUAUUCGGCGGUAAUGGUAACCUGCCACCGCCUGUACGGAACAAACCUCCAACUUCGAGUGAKAGUUUCUUUCGGAGCGUUAGCAAUUUCUCCUCUUUGAACAUCAAUGAGAGACCGCAGCCCACGAAUGGUUCAGUCGAGCCCGGAGAUCACGUUCUCAAGGACUACGAUAAUUUGUUCAGAUCCAUUUACCAAUAUCCGCCCAAUCUGGACACGAUCAACAUAGCCAACGCCUAUUCCGAAUCGAAAGCCAUGCUUCAAUUGGCCGACAUGUACGAUGCGCUGGAGAUUGCCGGCAGCAGAGUAGAUCAUCACAUGCUGCGCUUUGGAGCUAGAUUGUUCAAGCAGAUUGCAAAAUACCCUCCCUCCUAUCUCAAGUUGGGGUAUCUGGCAAAGUCGAAGACUAUCUUUACGGAGGCCAUGAUUCACGUGGUAGGCCAGUGGCCGCUCGCUGCGCCACAACUCAGAGGCAAUGUAGAAAUGGACGUUAUGGAGAUACUCGAGGACAAGGUCGACGAACUGAACGAGAUGCAAGAGCGAGUAGAAUCGAAAUUGUGGCGGCUGAAUCUUACGACCAGCAGAGGGGAACGCGUUACGCCUAGCAACGAUUUCCUCAGCUGGCUGGCGUUGUCACUGUUCCGUCAGUGGUUCGCCGAGAACACAACUCCAGCGACUUCCGGGAUUCUCAAAGAUGGUGCUCGAUCCAGCAGCACAUCUCAGCAGAUUGUACGUGGACCUAGCAGGAGCAGCCAUAAUGUUGCCUCGCAGCGAGGGACCCAGCCACCUUCGCUGCCCGCUCCACCGACACCCAUCAACGUUGGACGAGUGUAUCGUUUGAUAGGGUCUACAGACCCAACGGCGUACCUAAACAGAGACGAACUGAAACGAUUUUUGAAGGCUCCGAAUGCUCAGGGCGCCGCGGACCUCUACACGAGAGAUAGCCUGAAGCGUUUCGAGCGGAGAAUGGACGAGGUAAAGAACCUGGCGCGGCACAUUGUGCAGCCCUUGAUGAGAAACUUUCUUGAGCUGGACUUGAGGGACUUUGGACCCGGUGGAUUGGGAUAUCUCACAUGCACGAAAGUGGAAGGGAGAGAUUUGCCGUGGGAUGGAUGA